AUGUGCGGUUUCGUGCAAGGCAUUUAUGACAAGUUUGACUGGAUUCGACACAAGGGACGCACACCUUCUUACAUUACAGGACCUUCCUUUGAUCACACCACUGGAAACUUGACCGGUGAGCUCUUAGCUAAUUCAUCAGUACAUCUAGCCAGUCCGACUAUUAGCAACGAGAACUGGAAUAACGUAUAUCAAAUUUAACAGUCAGUUGGUCGGCAUUUCUACUUCAUUUUUUGCAUGAAAAUAUCACUAGUUUUAGUCUUGCAAAUUUAAUUACAUGUCACUCUUUUCUAUCAUUGUUGUUGUUGUUGUUGUUUCUUAGAUUAAACUGCUUGUUUUUGUUUCUUUUUUUGUUGCUUGUACGUUGCACAGGUGUAUCAAAUGUAGGCGAGAGUAUCUAAUUUAAUUUCGACUACCUCGGAAUCGGUGCAACUACAACAAUGCAGUUACUCUUUACAUCGUGGGCUUUGUCGUCAUUUGCUCUCUGAUUCUACCAUGAAUAAUACGUCUGUCUUCAAAGAAAAAAAUAAAACGAAUAAAAGGAAACUUGGAAACUUACUAAUAGGUACUUCAGAUGAUCAUUCUACGUCAUUUAAGCUGGACUAACGUAACGGUACUGUUGUAACAGUUAGAAUACUGUUUUAAGUCAACUGGAUACUUUUUCAGUGCCUUCUGGUCAAUUUUUUUUCUUGUUGCCUUCCUUACAUCUUUUCCUCUUUGUAGGUUAUUACAUGUGCAUUUUUUAGAAAUAUUUAGUCCACAGGAGAGAGCUGUGAAUAAUAUGACAAAAUUGGACCGUCCUCUACCGAAAAGACUAAGUUGCUACUCUCUAACCAUCUUCAUCCCUAUAAGGUUAUUACAUGUAUAUAGAAGCAUCCAGUCCAAGACAACCAGGUGAUAACGCAAAAUUGUACAGUCCUCCACUGGAAUUCUUUGGGAAUAUGUGCCUUCAGUUCUAUUACCAUAUGUCUGGUGCAACUACUGGAAGCCUGAAUGUCACCGUAAGUGGGAACUUAGUGUUCUCUGCACGUGGUUAUAAAGGAGGUUUGUGGCGUAAAGCCAGCAUAAAUGUAUCAGCUAUCGAGGGAUUGCAUAGGGUAAGCCAUGCGUUAUUUUUGUGUCUCUUCUAACAACAACAACAAUAACAACAACUGAAUCUUUAUUUUUAUCAACUUAUUGCUUAACAAUAAAUUAGGAUAAUGAUAAUAUUGAAACUACAAUUAGAAUUUAAACUUUAAUGACCCCAUCAAUGGUGGUAAAACGCUGUUCUCCGAGAGCAGUAAUUGGGGAAGCCAACCGCGUUGAGAACCAUAAGCCACCAAUAGCUCACUUUUUUUGUUAAUUUAAUUGCCAUUAAAGUACAGCAGCGGGUCCGGGAAUUUUUUACAACUGAUAGUUUUCACCAAUCCUGGCCAUCAUUCGCUAUUAUUUAGUUACAUUUACAUAAACUACGUAGAUUCCUAUCUGCGAUCCUUAAGUGGUGGUAAUUUCAGUUUUACUGAAAGCACCUUCAAUAACAAGACUUUUCUGGUCUGAAGGGUACGCAGGACCACCUUCCAGAAGACGUCUUUCGGUUCUCGGGUCUAUGUUCUCCGAAUCUUACUUUAGCCAUAAGUUUUUGUACUUCGGUCUGUAAUGAAAAACUAAAAAAGUCGACAAUACUGCAUCCGUUAUAAUACUUCAUCUUUACCAUUAAUUAUAAAUUAAGCACACAUGAAAUAUAAGUGAUGUACCAUUUGGUAACAUUAUUUAGUCAUAGCAAGAUUAUUCUUUCUUACUCAUAGUGGUGCAAGUAAGUCCGUAAAUGUAGUGCAAAAUAUGAUGCGCUUGGUGUUUCCAAGAGGAUCUGUUUUGCUAUUAGCCGACAUUUCCCUAUUUCUAUUGUUAAGUUUGUAGUUUUUUGACAAAUUCGAAGAUAAUUUUUCAUUAAUUUCAAGACAUUAAUAACAACAGCGACUCUUCCGGACUGAUUGCACCUUUGACAGGUAACAUUUGAAGGCGUAGUGGGAAGCAGUUACACUGGUGACAUAGCAAUUGACGACUUCUCCUUGACAGCAGGGUCAUGUCCUUAUGGUAAGUUUUUUGACUAA